GUCUUGUCCAUCAUUAGGCCUUUGCGGUAGGGAGUUGCUUGGCGGAUCCUGCAAGUUUUUCUCUACUUUACAUGUAAAUUUUGUUUGGAAAAAGAAGGCCAGAUUCUCAGUUUUUGUCAACUUUUGUCUCGUUAGUUAUUCGACUUAUCGUGUGAAGAUACAAACAACAUAUUUUGGGGCGUGGUGUACUCGUUCAAAGCCAAAGAGGGAAGGGAGGUAUCGGUGAGUCUGAGUGUCCGCGGCGGAGCUUAUGAUGCCGACGUUGCGGGACAGCACCAUGUCCCACCCCGGCGAGAAUUCCCACCAAGUCCGGGUAAAAGCUUAUUAUAAAGGGGACAUCAUGAUCACGCAUUUUGAACCAUCCAUCUCAUAUGAGAGUCUGUAUGGGGAGGUGAAGGACAUGUGCUCCAUGGACAAUGACCAGCUCUUCACCAUGAAGUGGAUCGAUGAGGAAGGUGACCCCUGUACCGUGUCCUCUCAGCUGGAGUUGGAGGAAGCGCUGCGCCUCUAUGAACUCAACAAAGACUCAGAGCUCAUUAUCCACGUGUUCCCAUGUGUACCAGAAAAACCCGGUAUGCCCUGUCCAGGAGAGGACAAGUCAAUAUAUCGCCGCGGUGCCCGGCGCUGGAGGAAGCUUUAUUAUGCGAGCGGUCACGCCUUUCAGGCCAAACGCUUUAACAGGCGAGCUCACUGUGCCAUCUGUACAGAUCGGAUCUGGGGUCUGGGAAGACAAGGUUACAAAUGCAUCAACUGCAAACUACUGGUGCACAAGAAGUGCCAUAAACUAGUCACAGUAGAGUGUGGCAGACCGAUGAUCCAGGAACCAAUUAUGCCCGGCCCUCCAUCAAGUCAGUUAGACCCUGAACAUCAAGGGCCUCAGAAUAAAGACUCCAGAGAAAGCUUGAAUUACGAUGGAGAAGAGAAAGAGGCACGGAGCAGUAGAGACACAGGGAAAUCGCCCUCCAGCCUGGGUCUGGCAGACUUUGAUCUGCUUCGGGUCAUCGGCAGAGGCAGCUACGCCAAGGUGCUGCUGGUCCAGCUGAAGAAGACGGAGCGCAUCUACGCCAUGAAAGUUGUCAAGAAGGAGCUGGUCAAUGACGAUGAGGACAUUGAUUGGGUCCAAACAGAAAAGCACGUCUUUGAGCAGGCCUCUAAUCAUCCCUUCCUGGUCGGUCUCCACUCUUGUUUCCAGACAGAAAGCAGACUUUUCUUUGUUAUUGAAUAUGUAAAUGGUGGCGAUCUUAUGUUCCACAUGCAGAGACAAAGGAAACUCCCAGAAGAACAUGCCAGAUUCUACUCAGCAGAGAUCAGCCUGGCGCUUAACUACCUCCAUGAGCGGGGAAUCAUCUACAGAGACUUGAAACUGGACAACGUAUUGCUGGAUUCUGAGGGACACAUCAAACUUACAGAUUACGGCAUGUGCAAGGAGGGUUUGAGACCAGGCGAUACAACAAGCACUUUCUGUGGUACCCCCAAUUACAUUGCUCCCGAAAUACUCAGAGGAGAGGAUUACGGCUUCAGUGUGGACUGGUGGGCGCUGGGUGUGCUGAUGUUUGAGAUGAUGGCGGGCCGAUCGCCUUUUGAUAUCGUUGGCAGCUCUGACAACCCAGACCAGAACACAGAAGACUACCUCUUCCAAGUAAUCUUGGAAAAACAGAUCAGAAUCCCCCGCUCACUGUCAGUCAAAGCUGCCAGUGUACUCAAGGGAUUCCUCAACAAGGAUCCUAAAGAUCGUCUGGGCUGCCACCCUCAGACAGGCUUUGCCGACAUCAUGGGCCAUCCGUUCUUCCGAAACGUUGACUGGGACCUUCUGGAGCAGAAACAGGUGGUCCCUCCCUUUAAGCCCAACAUCUCAGGAGAAUUUGGACUGGAUAACUUUGAUGCCCAGUUUACCAAUGAGCCCAUCCAGCUCACACCUGAUAAUGAUGAUGUGGUGAAGAAGAUCGACCAGUCUGAGUUUGAAGGGUUUGAGUACAUCAACCCUCUGCUGAUGUCUGCGGAGGAGUGCGUGUGAGAGAAAUGACGUCUGUGCUCAUGAACACCACCCACGCGCACACACCCUCUCACACAUGUUUACGUGUCGUCUCAGUGUCUUCAAUCUGCAUGGUUACGAGACAACCCGGCGACAUCAACCUUCUGUCCGAAGGCCCCACAUGCACAGUAGAACGCUUAUUUGCCAAAACCAGUCUCACACUCUGCCAUUUAUUACCACUUGCCCUUAAGCCUACCUUCUUUCUUAAUUAUUUUUAUAUCAUGUAAAUCUGCACUGAUAUCAGUUUUCUCAUCACGGCUGCUCAUCUGUGGCCACAAAGUUCUUCCGAGGUUGCUGUACGUGGGUGUGGGAGAGACCAGACAUGGCCCCUGACAGACUGAGCAUCCUCUCCUUCCUGCUGGUGGGGUGCUUUCAAUGCAUAUUUUAUUUGUAAAUAUAAGAAAUUACUAUUGAGAACAAACAUUAGACAAGGCCUUUUUAGCUUCAAGCCACAGUCAGACAGAAAUGACAUCUUAAUCGUCAUUUUGAAAUUAGCUUUGUCUUGACUACCCUUAUGUAGAAAAAGAAGCAUAACAGUAGCCUUUUGAAAAAAGAAAAAGAUAAAAAUCUAUAUAUUUUCUCAAUUUAUUUAACAUCAUACCAAUCAUGAAAGUGUUAAAUGUCCAGCCUGAGUAAGAGAUAUAAAUCAAUACUCAACAUCUGGAAAAUAAAGAGUCUGCUUCAGAUCCCUUUUCCCAGAAUGAAGGAAGCUAAACAGCAGCAUAACACUAAUAAUGAGUUAAUGCUCUCAAACUGUGAAUGACAGAGCUGCUGGGAAAGGGGCUGGAAGAAUAGCACAAAGUACCUGACCGCUGGAGCACAGGAGUAAUGUUGCUGUGCAGACCUUCCAUGAAAUAAACAUUCACACAGGACCAAAAACAUUUUUCUGAAAAAUGUCUUGCUGGUACGUAUUAGAUGGUACAGUAUACAUAAAGGAAGAUGUGCUGUCCUAAGUCAUAGAAUUUAUAUUCAGAUUUUUUUUUCAUAUUUUUAAUAUUAUGCCUUUCUAAAAAACAAACCUUUACUCUGUUAUUUUUUGUUGUAUUUCUUUUCCAUUCCAUGUGCGUCUUUUUGUUGUAAAUCAAAACACUGAUUGUUGAAACAAGAACACGGUAAGAGGUCCAAACCUAAGACACAGUGCAAUUUUGGUCCUGACAUGUGGCUUUAAAACUGUUAUCUGCUCCAUAUUUACCACAUGCAGCCUGCAUCUCACGUUCUGGAUAAUGGAUUUUACUAAACUGCUUGAAAGCACACAAAAACCCAGAAGACUGACUCUCCACUCUGUGAAUGUAGACGCUAAGCGAUGGAUCAUUCGGCCUCCUUGUUUGGAGCAUGUUUCUGGGCUCACGUGGUCAGUGGAGGAUCAGUCAUCUGUUACGUAUUUUUUUCUUUGCUUUAUUGUUACUUUUCAUUUGAAUCAGAUUUCAUUUUGAUUCAUUUUUAUCACUACAUUGAUUCCAAAAUGUUACUGGGAGAACCCAAUGGAAACAUUAUUGUUUGUAUUUGUUGUUUUGUGGAUGUUUACCACCCACAGGACUUUAUUAUUAGUGUUGGAAAAAAAACAGAUGGUAAAAUAAACAUUUUAUUUCUC